CAUUUGUCAUUAAUGUUAUUCGAUAUUGAUAACGUUGAUCGCUGAGCCAUGAACUGUCUGUAUACCUGUAAAGUAGUAACUUGUUUGUGUUGUUGUGUAAUAUUAUUAAAAAGAAAAUAGUCAUAACCUUAACGACAAAACAGUAUCGUAAUCAGAGCCGCAUAGUUUAAUGGUCUGCAUUUAUUUUUUGAUUUAAAAAAAAAUGCUGACUCAAAGACUCUUUUGGUAUCUUUCAAUAAUCAAAACAAAACAGCAAAUUAGAUAUUUAUCAUGUUGGUCAUGUGGAAAUAAUAUUACUACCAUGGUCUCAAAUCUUUUCUGUUCUAACUGCAAAGUCUUACAAAGACCUGAUAAAUCAGAAAACUACUUUAAGGUCCUUGGGGUCAAGGAAACAUAUGACCUAGAUGAAAGUGAACUAUCAAUGAAAUAUAAGGAAUUACAAAAAUAUCUACACCCAGACAAAUAUGCAAACAGAAAUAAGGAAGAACAAGAAAUAUCUGCACAGUAUUCUUCAUUAGUAAAUGAUGCUUACAAAACUCUGUUAGAACCAUUAACAAGAGGUAUAUAUAUGUUGCGAUUAAGAGGAAAAGAAAUACCUGAAAAUACUCAAUUAGACCAAGAAUUUUUAUUUAAAAUUAUGGAAAAGAAUGAAGAAGUAGAAAAUGCAGACACAGAAGAGGAAAUAAUGAGACUCGAUAAAGAAAAUAAAGCAGUAAUUAAAGACCUCCAAAAACAGCUGUCCACAGCAUUCUUUGAUGGUGAUCUGAAAAGAGUUUUACAUUUGUUGAGUCACAUGAAGUAUUACACAAGUAUUGAUAACCAAAUACAGACGGCAAUUCGAAAUAAAGGAAUUUUUAGAUGAAAAAUUAUUCAAUUUUUAUAUAUAUUAUUUAAAAAAAAAUUGUUGAUGUGUUUAUGUUACCAAAUAAAUAUAGUUAUUGAUUUC